AUGAAUCAGCAGAAGAGAUCCCCGCCCUACGAGGGCCACUCGUCUGGCUCAGAGGCCAGACAACUCACACCCGGUGCGAAGAAGCGUCCCUCGAGGGCCGGUACACGCAGCGUUACCACCCUUACUGCUGCCCAGCUGGAGAGAAAGAGAGCCAAUGACCGAGAGGCACAGCGCGCCAUACGCCAGCGAACAAAGGACCACAUCGACACGCUUGAGCGUCAAGUGCGUGACCUCACAGCCCAGCUGGAGAACAACUCUUCGACCAAGAUGAUGGACCUGAUCAGACGAAACGAGGAGCUCGAGCAAGAAAAUGCCGUCCUCCGUGCACGCCUAUCGCAUGCCGUUUCUACCCUUGGAGUCCCAGAGCAAGGCGCAGGUACGUAA